AUGAGUUUAACAAGUAUCAUUAAACGUGAAAAAAGGAAAAGACAGGAGGAAAUAAGUCAUGCUAUUAAGAAAAAAUUAAAAAAUUGUAAUAUGUCUAUAUCUUUUAAGAGUAAUCAACAAAAUGAAUAUGCUUGCUCUUCGUUCAUUACGAAGAAUGUAUCUACAAAUGAAAAUAUAAAUAACUUUAUAAUUGAAGAUAAUAAUAAAGAGAAACUAAAUUCACAUAGUGAAACAAAAGAAAUAAAUGAUAUGUUAAUGCAUGAAAAUAAUAUAAUUUAUGAAAACAAUGACUUAAAUUUUAUAAAUAAAAAUGAAUCAAGGUAUUAUUUGAAUACUUAUGAAGAAGAAAACAGAAAUAAAAACAUUAAAAAAAAAAAUGUAAGAAAAAAAAAUUGUUUAAAAAAUGAUAAGGAUAUAAAUAAACUAAAAGGUAGAAAAAAAAAAAUUAAUGUUAAUGAAAGAAAUGGAAAAAAAAAUAAUAAUAAUGAUUUUAUAUGGGAAGGAUUAUUAAAAAAAGAUGUAAUAUUGCUAUUAUUGCAAGCUAUUAAAAAUAUGGGAUAUAAAAAAUCUGCAAAAUCUCUAGAAUUAGAAAGUGGAAUAGAAUUAGAACAACCUCUAGUUAAAGAAAUGCAUAAGAACGUUUUAUUAGGAAAAUGGAAAAAUGCUAUAUUUAAUUUAAAGAAAUUGAAUAUAAGCAAAAAAUUAAUGAAGGCAAUAAAAUUUUUAAUUUAUGAACAGUGUUUUAUAGAAUAUUUAUAUAACGGAAAGCAUUUUGCUGCAUUAAGAUGUUUAAGAGGUAAACUGGCAAAAUGUUGCUUUGAUGAAGAUACUUAUAAGAGGUUGCACGAUUGCACUACCUUUUUUAUGUAUUUAAAUAAUAAAGAAUUAGAAAAAAAACAUAAAACUAAUUUUAAAAGUUCCCGUAAAAUUUUAUUUGAAAAAAUAAAUAGGUUAUUACCAGAGUAUAUCAUGUUACCUCCAAGAAGAUUAGCUAUUUUAUUGCACCAGUCUCUUAAGUAUCAGGUGGAUAAUUGCUUAUUUCACAAUAAUUUUUCAGAAAUGAAAUUAGUUAAAAAUUUAUUAAAAAAAAAAGGGAAAAAAAAAUAUGACAAAUUAUAUGAUUGUAAUGGAUAUAAAACUAAUAAAAUAAAAUGUAACAAUAAAAAUAGAGGAGAAAAGAAAUUAGAAUCAACAAAAUUAUCUCUUUGUAAAAAAAAAUCUUCAGAUUUAGAAAAAAAUUCAAAUAAGUACAAUUAUACAAAAUGUAGUGGUACAAAGAGUUCAACGGAUCAAAAGAUACAUAACUCUUUUAAAGAUAGCAAUUUUGUAAAAGAUGAAAACAUUUACGAUAAGAAAAGUGAAUCUUCCUUAUCUUCAAAUGAAUUAAAAAAAACAAGAAUAGAACAAGAUGAUAACAACUUGAUACAUAAGAAUUCCACCUUAAGGAAUGAUGAAAGUUUUCAAGGAAAUGAGUUUAACAUAACAAUAAAUGAGUCUUUAAAAAAAUCUACCAAACGAAAAAAUACAUUGUUUUCAUAUAAUGAAGAACAAAAUGAUUUACUUAUUUCAAAAGUUAAUAGUCAUGAAGUGAGGGAUGUAUUAAAUAAUUCAACAAGUUAUCACAAUGAGAGAAAAAAAAGGAAUAUGAAAUAUAAUAUGAAUGAACAAAUUAUUAGUAUAAAAAAGACAAUAAAUAAUGAAAAUAAUAUUGAAAAAGAAAGUAGUACAGAAGGUAAAAACUCUAAUGUUCUUAACACUUAUGAAUUCAAUGAUAUUACUCAAUCAGAAGAAAAAAAAAUUAAAAACAAUAAAAUGAUAGAAUACACAAAAGAAGUAAGUAGCCAAGGAAACUGCAAGACAGAAACUUAUAUGAAAACAUAUAAAAAAGAGGAUGAAAAGGAAUAUGAUUCUAUUUUAAAUAAACAAAAAAAUGAAAUAAAAAAAGAAAAACAAAAGAGAAAAAGUAAAAACAAACAAAGUAAAAGUCAUAAUUCUGUACCUUAUGAUAAUCAUAAUAUAUCAUCCUUUUCAUUAUUAAAAAAUCAUGAAUGUAAAAAAAUUAAAUUACCUUAUUAUUGCAUAAAAAUAUUACAAGGUCAUAAAGAUGAGGUGUGGUAUGUUAGUGUAUCGUCUAAUGGUAAAUAUAUAGCAUCUUCAAGUAAAGAUAAAAGUAUUCUUUUGUGGAAUGGUUUAUAUCCAUUUAAUAAGUUAAGAGAAUGGAAUGGUCAUAUUGAUGGAGUAAGUUAUAUUAUAUGGAGUCACAAUAGUAGGUAUUUAGUUUCAGGAUCGAAUGAUUCUAAUAUUAUUAUAUGGAGUCCAAAAAGUAAUAAAAAGAAAUUAAGUUUAAGUAUGCAUAGUGGUCCUAUUACUUCAAUAUGUUGGUCUAAAGAUGAUUCAGUAAUAGUAUCAUCUGCUUUUGAUAAGAAAAUAUUUUGUACUAAAUUAAGUGAAGAUUUAAAAAGUUUCUCUAUUUUAUAUGCUUGGUCCUUUAGUACAAGAAUUCAGAAUUUUGUUUUUACAAGCAAUGAUAAAUAUUUAAUUGUUGUAGCAUCUGAUAAGAAUGUUAGAGUUAUUGAUUAUAAUUUGAAAAAAGAAUUAUACACUUUACCUGAAUUCGAUACCAUUACAUCUGUUUGUGCAUCGAAUUUAUACAAUCAUAUAUUAGUUAAUAUUGCCGAUCAAAGACCAACUGUCAAAUUGUGGGAUGUCAAAUAUAGAUAUAUUAUACAAACUUAUAGAGGACAUAAACAAGGAAGAUUUAUUGUUCAUUCUACUUUUGGAGGAAAGAAUGAAAAUUAUGUUAUUAGUGGUAGUGAAGAUAGUUUAAUAUACAUAUGGCAUAAAACUAAAGGUUAUCUAUUAGAUGUUAUAAAUGGACACGCAUCAACAGUCAGUAUAGCUAUAUGGCCUAUCUCUUAUUCAAAGUUUCCAUAUAUGAUUUCUGCUUCUGAUGAUCACACUUUAAUGAUAUGGAAUGUUUCUCCAACAAUUAAUAAAACAAGAAAUGAAAAAAAGAAAAAAAAAAAGAAAUUUAUCCACCCAUUUUUGAGGGAAUUAUGUAAACAUCAUUCUUUGAAAAAUAAAGAAUGA